AUGGCUGAAGCUAAUCCUACUUACAUGCCCAUUAUCAAUUCUCCCAGUCCACGGUUGUCAUCAUUUUCUGGGGAUGGGACCAAGGGUGAGGUCAAGUAUAAGCAAUGGCAUUUAGAGAUUGUUGGGUGUCGUAGGGAGAAUGCAUUCUCGGACACUUCAAUUCUAAAUGCCAUGCGGAGGUCCGCCAAGGGUUCAGCUGCUGACCUACUUAGUGGGCUUUCAGAAACUGUUACCCUUGACACUGCUAUUGAGCAGUUGGACUUAGUGUUUGGCAAUGUGAUGCCUGGCGAGACGCUUAUGGAGCGUUUUUACACUGCCCGCCAGGAAAAGAAUGAGUCUGUCGCUGUGUGGAGUUGCCGCCUCCGGGAUUUGAUCUCCAAGAUAGAGGCAUCUGGCACUUUACCACACAAUGCUGCACCUAGCUUGCUUCGAAGCCGGUUCUGGAUGGGUCUCACUCGUGAUGACCUGAAGCAAGCGACUCGCCAUCACUUUGAUUCAGGUACGGACUAUAACAAGCUGCUGCUUGCUGUCCGUAGGGUUGAGGAGGAGUUAGCCACCCCUGGGGAUGCACAAUCAUGUCAAUUGACUACCACUACAACUAGCAACAGACAACUGGAUGAUGUGCUAUUCCGCCUAAAGGUGAUUGAUAAGAACCUUAGGUCUGUUGGGGAUAGGGUUAACACCCUGGAGUAUAAAUCUCAUAGGCCCUCAAAUACAGCCCAGAAUCAAGCCAAUAAGGCCCAAUCUCAGGCUCAGAAUCUACCCCCUAGGUCUACCACUACAAAUGUAGUUACACAAGGAGUCAAUGUUAUGGGGCGAACAUUGGACUCCGACAUUAGCUCCAAUUCUGGGUUGCCAUCAAAUUUGAUUGGUCCCGCAAACGUCACAUCUGUUAGGGUAGAAGGCCACUUAUGUAAUGUUCUUGUAGACACAGGGUCCCAGGUUACCACUAUGUCCGAGACAUUUUACACAAAUAACCUCCCUCAACAUACACUCCAUAGUCUAGGUUCACUCUUGAAGUUAAAAGGAGCCGGGGAAGCUAAGCUACCCUACUUGGGGUAUGUUGAAGCUAUAAUCCUAAUCCCUAGUGACUUCUUAGGUCAGGAAGUUGAGGUAACUAUACCGAUACUUGUAGUGCCCAAUACUGACUACCACUUCAAGGUGCCUUUACUAUUAGGGACAAAUGUCAUGACUGCUGCUGAAAGCCUGCAUGGUGCACCAAUAGCAGCCACUGCAUCACCUUGGAGUCAGGCUCAGCAAUGGCUCAUUAGGCGUCGGGAAGACCUUAACCGGACUGAGUGUGUGCGGACAACCAAGCCAAUUGUUAUCCCUGCUUUAUGUAAUCAGAUUAUUGCAGGUAUAAGCAGGGGUAAACCACCUCGGAUUGGCAUGCAGUUUUGUACUACAGCUGCCCCCACACUACCUGGUUCACUUAACCUUGUUAAUGGGGUUGUGAAUUUUAUACCAGGACAGUCUACAAAUAGGAUUAAGGUUGAGGUUGCCAAUCCAUCUACCAAGGCUGUUACUAUUCCAGCCAAGACAGUACUUUGUUGUUUAGAGCAAGUAGAUGUCUUAGAUGGUCUCUCCUCUACGGAUGAGCCGGCUUUCACAUCUGGCCCCGAGUCUAAAGACAUUUUCAAUUUAGAAACCCUGGGUCAGAUACAUACUCCAGAGGAAAUAGCAAAGCUUCGCGAUCUUCUUAGUGAGUUUGAUGACAUCUUCAGCAAGUCUGAUAUGGAUAUGGGCCACACAGACUUAGUCACUCACAGGAUUGAGCUAACUGAUGAACGUCCUUUCAGGGAAAGACAUAGGCGCAUUCCACCUGCAUUGUAUCAAGAGGUUAAGGACCAUCUGAAGAACAUGUUGGAUGCUAAGGUUAUUCGUCCUUCUUCUAGUCCUUAUGCCUCUCCCGUGGUUCUUGUUCGCAAAAGGGACUCGUCUUUACGUUUCUGUAUAGACUAUCGCCAACUUAAUAGUCGUACAGUUAGAGACUCUUAUGCUUUACCACGGAUUGAGGAGACCCUUGAUGCACUUCAUGGUGCCAAGUACUUCACUUGUCUUGACCUGAAGUCGGGCUAUUGGCAGGUCGAAGUUGCUGAGGAACAUAAAGCCCGUACUGCUUUUACGGUUGGUCCAUUAGGAUUUUACGAGUGUAACUCGAUGCCUUUUGGUCUCACAAAUGCUCCCGCAACUUUUCAACGUCUUAUGGAGAGAUGUAUGGGCGACAUCCAUCUCCUACAGUGUCUCAUUUACCUUGAUGACAUCAUUGUGUUUUCAAAGACCUUUGAUGAGCAUCUGGAGAGAUUACGUGCAAUCUUUCUUCGAUUGCGCAAGAAUGGCCUCAAACUUAAGCCUUCUAAGUGCCAGUUCUUGCAGACCUCUGUGAAAUAUCUGGGUCACGUAAUCUCUGAGGAGGGUAUCACGACAGACCCUGAGAAGAUUGCGGCACUGGAGACCUGGCCAGUUCCACAGAAUGUGGAUGAUGUUCGUCGUUUUCUUGGCUUCUCUGGAUAUUAUCGUCGCUUUGUGCCUAAUUAUGCCAAAGUUGCAAAGCCCUUGACAAAUUUACUUGUUGGUCAAUCCGGCAAAAAAAAGGAAAAAUAG